UUUGACGGUCUGUCACAUUUCACGCUGACACCAAGCGAACACUGGGAGCUCUCUCACACAUACACUGUAAUGUCGACAGAUUGGAGUGAGGAGUACGAGUCCGUGAGAUCACAUUGCAGUGUCUGAACUCCCACAAGCUUCCGCUGUGAGUGCAAAUCAGUCGAAAAGGCAAAGGGAAAAAAAAGGAAACCGAGGAAAUCCCCCCAAAGGAAAUGCCAAUCGCAGCCACUGGCCAGUCCACGACUCAAGAGCCCAGAGUAUGCCCCCGGCUGCCCUCCACUCCAGAGCCGGUCCCUAAAGGGGUUGAUUUAUUCGAAGAGGCGGGGGCGGCGGAGUCGGCGGAGCGAACAGAGGGGGGCAUUGGAGUCGGGAGCUAUAGUUAUAGCCUUAGCGACAUUCGGAGCUUACAAUCCGCAUCUACCAACAUUUCUCCGCCGCAGUCCCCAGCUGCAUCCUCCUCUUUUCUCUACCACCCGCUCCACAGUCACCAAAUGGCAAUGGAGCCGCCCAGGACUCGAUCACGUUCGCGGUCUGGAUAUUACCAGUUGUAUAAUGGUGGCAAUGGAAUUAACGGAAGUGCAAUAAUGGGAACUAACCAGCAGCAGCACGGUGCCGGUGGUUGUGCUCCCCUCGGGGCUCACAGCAUCCAAGCAGAGAACCAGCUGCAAACCCCGGGUAGUAACAACUCCCCGGGCACUCAGAGGUUUCCCCCUGUUCCCGGAGGUCUCCGCAUCCCAACAGAAGGGGCUUCAGGCGGGUCUUACCAUUGCCACACAGAGCAUGCAUUCGGGGAGAGUGACAAGAGUGAGGAAAGCCCCAGUCCAAAGCGCCAGAGGCUGUCCGGUCAUGCUGUCUUGGAGCAGCUAACUUCUUCCGCCCCACCGCCAUCCACAUCUUCACCCCCCAUUCGCCCUUGGGAGUCGGGGCCUCCAAGCAGGAGAUCCUCCCACCCCCACACACACUACCACCAAGAAAGAUCCCUCACACCUGCUCGCCAUAGACGCAGCCCUCCAAUUAGGCGUCAGCGUGGCCGCCUGACCAGACCUGCUCGCCACUUGCCUCCUCAUCAUCACCCCACGACUCAAGGCCCCACACACCACACGUCACCAUCUGAGCGCCAGGAUGAAAACUUUCCCCGCAAUCCACAUUCCUCGAUACAUCAGACGUACACAACACACACUUACAGUCAACCCUCCACACAUGGAAGUGGGGGUUCAGAGGAUCCCCGAGCUUUCCAUCCCCCCACAUUGUCGCCCCGACUACUGCACCCAGCUGCCCAUCACCACCACCAUCAUCACCCUCAGCCGCAACAGCACCAUGCAGCAUCCCAGCAAGGGUCAAUGGUUAUUGACUUGCAUGAACAGCUUCAGCAGGGCAGCGUACCAGUCUCUUACACUGUGAACCCAGUUCCACCUCACGGUCUCUCAGCACCGCUGUGUAAUGGUCAGCACAUUCCCCCCAGCUGUUCAUCACAACAACAAGUUCCAGCUUGCAGUGUGGUAUUCAGCACUGGACAACACUACCACCCGAUGCUGCAAGCAUGUUCAAUGCAACAUUUGCCAGUGCCCUAUGCCUUUCCCUCUCUGCUGUCCAGCGAUCAUCAGUUUCUUCUAUCCCCUCCGCCCCAUCUCGGUCAUCAUCCACCGCACCUUCACGCACACAACCAGUUCUUACCAUUCCACACACAGCAGCCACGAUCGCCUUUACAACGGAUUGAAAAUGAGGUUGACCUUCUCGGAGAUCAGCUUUCAGUUGGUGGAGGCUUUGGCUAUGGCCCUCACUACCAUCACCACCACCAUCACCACCAGCCUCCCUCCACUCUUCCACCCUCCACACCACUCCAGUUUCUUUCGCACCAUGAUCCGCUUUCACAAGAGCUUUUCACAGUGCCCUACCCCCACUUCAUGCCACGGCGAUUCACCAGCCGGCGUUACUCAGCUCGUUCCCAGCAGGCUGUGCCUCCUUCAAGCUACCACCCGGGCUUCCUGCCUUACUUUCUAUCCAUGCUCCCUGUUCCACCAAAUGUAGCUCCCGCAAUCAGCCUGGAGCUUGAUGUUGAUGACGGAGAGGUGGAGAACUAUGAGGCCUUGCUGAACCUUGCUGAGCGUCUUGGAGAGGCUAAGCCCCGAGGCCUAACUAAGGCAGAUAUAGAACAGCUCCCAUCGUAUAGGUUCAACCCAAAUAACCACCAGUCUGAGCAAACAAUGUGUGUCGUCUGCAUGUGUGACUUUGAGUCCCGCCAGCUCUUAAGGGUUCUUCCCUGCAAUCAUGAGUUCCAUGCCAAAUGUGUAGACAAGUGGCUAAAGGCUAAUCGCACAUGCCCCAUCUGUCGAGCUGAUGCAUCCGAGGUCCAGCGGGACUCUGAGUGACGGACUCCUGACUUCUCUUUGGAUGCCACAGGCAGAACUUCUCUUGAGUCAUCACGCACAUAAAUGGGACCAGUAUUCCUUCACUGCACAUCCAAAAGAACUUUGAGCAGUACAUGUUUCUGAAUAUUGCUUCAAUUUAGGAAUAAUAAACCCCUCACAGUGCUUUGCCUUUUGUGCACUCUAUACUAAAAAUGGCCUUUGAAACGCUUACAGCACAGAAUUUGCAUUUGUAGAAAACAGAAACUUCUGUAUGUCUGUAGUGACAAACUUUGCAGGAGGAAAUUCAGUCCAAAGAUUUUGUUGUUGUUCUGGUGGAAUGUUUGUUUUUCCCCCUUCAGUAUUUCCCCUUGAACAGCACAGACUGUCCUCUUGGCUCAGUGCGAUUGGCAUGAUUGGUUAAUUUUCAUUUCUGUAUGUGUUUUUCAGCAUUCCUUCAUGUGAGAUCAGCCUGUAUGGGUGGAAAAAUAUAUUUUACACUGUGAUUUAACUCUUUAAAGAGACAUUGGAACAUCAAAUGACAUAAUUUAUGCUGCGUAAGUAGUUUGCCACAGUCUAAUCUCUUCCAUAACCCACCGACAUGAGGAACGCUCUCUGUAAGGCAUAUGCCAUAAUGUAACUUAUAUUCAUCUAAGAUGCAAGCAAGACUUUCUGGUGUAAUUUAUGACUAGCACAUUUGGUCAUUUGUCCCGGUAUGGCAACCAGCCAUAUGCUUUACAGAGAAUGCUAACAGUGAAGUCAAUUUAGUAUUAAGGACUACAAUUAGGACCACCCACGUCAUCACACUGUGGUAUUAAAUCUAAUUCGGGGUUCCUAGAGCAUGCUUUUUAUGUUAUAUUUAUUUUUUAAACCUGAUCUACUCUACUUUAUCAUUAAUGUCAUGUCCAUAGAUAAUUACAUCUUUUUUUUUUUUGCGCAAAGGUCAAAGGGGACAUUGUGUCUUUGAAUUGUAUUGUACUGUUUUCCGUUGCUUGGUAUUGUAGCAAUUACCUCAGUCCCACUAUUUAUGGCUUUUAAGACAAUAAUGUAACCAUUUGGGUUAGUGCAUUUUGCUUACUUUUUCCACAUCAGUUGUUUUUAUUUUACUAUGAAACACUAUCAUUAAUAUGGUGUCAUAGUAGUUACAUUAUGUAUAAGUAUCUGUAACCAAAAUCAUUUGAAGGUCUGUAAUAAUGAUUUUUUUUAAAACAAACAUUUGUACAUUUUGUAUGAGAGUACUAGUUAUACUUUAUAAAGUAGUGCAAUGAUUUCCUUAAUCCCUUACCCUGCCUUUUGUAUUAAAAAAAAAAGUUUCCAUGAUAAAUGUAUAACGUGACAUUGUUUUGUAGUUCAUUUAAAAUGGGAUGGAAUUGUUUAUUGACCAAUGACAGCUAUUAAAGCGCUAUUAAAUAAAGCUUCCAUUU